AUGGAUGAAGAAGAAGCACUAUUGGUGGCCAUUAAGGUGUACUAUAGCCUCCUGGUCAUCGUGGGGCUACCUGCUAACGUCCUGACGCUGUACAUCCUGCUGCAGCGGUGCGCGCGCAGCUGUGAGGACAGACGCGCCUCCAGUCUGUACCUCAUCGCGCUGGCCAUCGCUGACUCUCUCGUCCUCAUCACCAUCGUCAUCAUCUAUCAGAUGAUCUUCUCCGUGGUUCCGCCCGGUGAGUUCUGUCCGUACCUGAACGUGUUAGACUACGGCGCACACAACGCGUCCAUCUGGAUCAUUGUAGCCUACACCAUCGAAAGAUUCAUCGGAGUCUAUUUUCCCGUAUGGAAGUACAAAGUUUCCAACCCGACCACAGCAAAGAUCGCCAUUUCCGGAGUGUUCCUGAUGUCAUAUCUCCUCGCCCUGCCCCAUUUCUUCACUGUGAGCUCAACAACAAAACAAGUGCUCUACGGAAACCUGACUACUUAUCGCUGCGAUCUGAAAGAAAAUCUGUCCGUAGAACUGAGACUAGGCGUCAUCUGGGGGCAGAGUGUCUUAUCGUAUAUGCUUCCGUUCCUUUUUAUCACCAUAUUGAAUGGUUUGAUUGUUUGUAAACUAAGGAGAAUGAGAAGGGUGGGUCCUCAACGAGCUUGGACGUUUCCAGGUACAUCAGGCAUGGCUAGCAGUCUUUCGGCAAGAGCAAGAACGGUAGAAAGAUCACAGUUUAACGUUAACCCAAAGUUAGAGAGAAAGCACUUCAGAAAAUCAUUGAAACCAUUGGGAAAAGAGAACUUACCGGAGAGGACAAGAACUGGUAAUGGCGGCAAGUCUCGUCGCCAGUCUCGCGUGGCUACGCGUGAUCAGGGACAGCCUCGUUUUCGCGCGUACUCGCCAGACUGGCAGGAUCUUCCGACCAUUGCCGAGAGAAGUCACAGUGAAAUCAUACUUUCUCAGUCAGAACCAGGACUUCAAGACCAAAUACAUAGCCAACCGUGUAGUUCCGAAACAAACCGCAAGGAGGCUAUUUCAAACGUCAAGACAGACAAAAAUCUGACACCUAAAAGUCACAGUGAAAUCUUACUUUCUCAGAGUAUUGAACUCCUCUAUUAA